AUGUGGCCGCGAGCAGAAGCCGCCGCCGCCGCCGCCGCCGCGAGGCGCCGAGCCUGGGCUGAGCCGGCAGCGGGCGCCGCCGCCGCCGCCAUGGGGGACCGGGGGCUGCUGCUGCGCUACCUGCUGCUGGGCUUCCUGGGCUGGGGCGCGACCGCCCAGCCGGCGGGGGGCGAGUAUUGCCACGGCUGGGUGGACGGGCACGGCCGCUACCACGAGGGCUUCCAGUGCCCCGAGGACUUCGACACGCCGGACGCCACCAUCUGCUGCGGCUCCUGCGCCCUGCGCUACUGCUGCGCCGCCGCCGAGGCCCGGCUGGAGCAGGGCGGCUGCACCAACGACCGCGAGCCGCCGAACCCGGGGGUGACCGCCCAGCCGAUCUACGUUCCUUUCCUUAUUGUUGGAUCCAUGUUCAUCGCCUUCAUUAUUGUGGGUUCGCUGGUGGCAGUUUAUUGUUGCACGUGUUUAAGACCUAAACAAACAUCACAGCAGCCAAUACGAUUCUCUCUUCGAAGCUAUCAGAUCGAGACUCUUCCAAUGAUCCUGACCUCCACUAGCCUCCGGACCCCGUCCAGACAGUCCAGUACUGCAACCAGUUCGAAUUCUACUGGAGGCUCCAUUCGCAGGUUCUCUUUCGCCAGGGCGGAAUCUGGGUGUUUAGUGGCAUCUCCACCGUCACCUUACACAUCUGGCUGCUUACAAACAGGCCAUUCUAUCCACCUAACUCAACCAGCUGGAUUUUUGGUGUCAGCACCCUAUUUUGGCUAUCCUCUCCAACCAGAACCUUCCCUAGCUGGGAGGAGCUGCCCAGAUUUUAGCUAGGAGUUUUCAAAAGUAAUAUAGCCAUAGGAGGUAUACUGCUGCCUUGUACAUUUCACAUUAAUAUGUUCUGUAGUUAUUGAACUCAAAACCAUUUGAAUAGGGGAGUUGCCCAUUGAAAAGUGCAAGAUUGUGUAGAAACAGGUACAAAUACUUACUUUAGUUGUAAAACAGUUUCCUUGUAUGUAACUGCAUAUAAAUUAUGAAACAUUUUAAACAUUUAUUUCUUUCAAAAAGUGACCUUUUGGUAACUUAUUCUAAUGUGUGCAGAAUUUCUUCAGAGAGAUGUAGAAGACCAAUUUGGGAUAAAAUUAUUAAUAACAUAGCUAGAAGAGUUAUACAUUACUUUUGAGGUCCAAAUGAUAUUAACUCCCUUAUAACAAACCAACAAGAUUCUACAACUCUUGAACAAUUGUUUAUU